UCGCAUCGCGCGCUGUGGAUUUCUUCAGAAGCGAAGGAGACGCUCGAACUCAGACAGCGACGAGAGAACUCUGCUGCUCGUGACUCCGGGGCUAGCUAUGGCGACAGCGGCUUUGCAAACGCGAGUGUCAUCGCAGGGGAUGGCUGCCUCGUGCAGCAGCUCUUUCAUGGGAUUGGCUCUAUCGCCAUCUCGGUCCCUGCCCUUUGCAACUUUGAGACGACCUCUCACCAUUUCCGUCGAGCUGAAGCGCUGGGAAAGGAAGGAGGUUAAACCUAACAGUUUGCCGGUGACGCAAACUGUGCACGUCAAAGUUGGCGACACUGUCCAAGUGAUUUCUGGUGCCGAUAAGAAGAAGGUCGGCGAGGUCGCUCGUGUCUACACGCACAACAGUAAAAUCAUCGUGAAGAACAUUAAUUUGAAGACUAAGCAUGUGAAGGGUAAAUCCGAGGGCGAGACCGGGCAAAUUGUGCAGAUCGAGGCGCCAAUUCACAGUUCAAACGUGAUGUUGUACUCAAAGGAAGCCAAGGUGAAGAGCAGGGUUGGACACAAGAUUUUGGAGGGGGGUAAAAAGGUGAGGUACUUGUUGAAAACCGGUGAGGUCAUCGAUAGUGCGGAGGAAUGGAAAAAGAUUAACAAGAAAGAAAAGAAAGAGGACAAGAAGUGAGCUCUGGCUGGGCUUAGCUCGUAGAUUAGGGUGUUUAGUUUUAGGUUUUUGUAGCCACAUUUCCCCAUUCAUUAUCUAUUUCCAUAUGUCCCACUCUGAAGAAGCUGCAGAAGGGUCUUGAUUAUAGUUUAUCGGUUUGGUGCAAUUGAUAUUGUCUUUCGACCAUGCUCUCUUUUUCGAACGGUUUACGCCCGCACUGAGUCGACUGGGCACGCAGUGUCUCAGAUCCUCUUUCUACAAAUCGAUUCACCUGUUCUUAAUGUGGUCCUGCAAGCAAUUUAUGGCUUGCCUUCUGAUGUUCGAUUUACUGAGGAUUUGAGGUCAGUCGGUGAAGCUCCUGGAUGAGUGCAAACCAGUCUACAGUAAAAGAAAACCAGCACGUAGGAGAAUCGGGUAAAUCUUUCUUCGUGUCUCAUUCCUCUUUACUGGAUACACAGCCAGGAUGGUUUCUUAGUGGCAUGGGCGAUGUAUGAGUGCUCGCAGCUGGCUGGUCUUACAUGUGGCCGACUGGGAUGUUUGAAUGCGUAACAGAAGUUGUUUAUUUUGUGGAGUUCAAACCUAGUCCUUCAGUAGGCAAUCUCCCCUCUUGUCAGACAAGUAAGUUGUAACGAAACUUCACGUUAUUAAUUUUAUCGAGGAAAGAUGAAAACUGUGCGUCCAUCACGCACAAGUCAAUAAAAGUCGAGGUUCUAAAUGAGAACACUUUGGAUAAAAGAAAGUAUCUUUGUACGA